AUGGCUAAGCUGGCAGGCUUGCUCAUUUGUCUGCAAGGCAUACCCAUCUUGCUGGUGGGGGCCAGUGUGUUGAGGUCCUUGCCUCCAGACUGCCAGGUGUUCCUCUUCAGGGGUGUUCCGCCGAAAGGCCUGCAGGAUCCCACAUUGAGGUACGUGUGCCAACAGUACCAUGGCAAGCCACGCUUCCUCACUCUCUUUGACCCAAUCGACCACAUUCCUAUCUACUCCGCAUACAUCUUCCAGAAGUCGGAUGGCCUCAAGACGAUGGACGCCCCCUGGAUGUUCGAACCACAGCUAUCCUCCAUCCUGGAGACAGCAGAGAUGCAGCCCUUUGUGCAGGGCUACCAUCACCAACUCCUGCAUCGGACCCAGGCAGUGCUGGAGGACUAUGCCAAUGCUGUCGACUUUGAGCGUGGCCAGCUGAAUCCCGACGAGCACCAUAACAGCCCGGAUGACAAGGCUGCCACUUACAGCCUGACCAAUGUAGUGCCGGAGGCAUCAGGCUUCCGAACCGGACCAUGGCAGGAGUACGAGGACAACAUUCGCCGGCGACUCAAUAACUACUGCAGCGGCGUGUCCUAUGUGGUGACGGGCAUUACAGUGUCUGGUCGCAUGAUAUGGCAAGAUGGCAAGCCUCGCCUGGCAGUGCCAACACUCUUGUGGUCAGCCUACUGCUGCCCAGGCUACGAUCACAACGCGCCGUCUGACGUGCACUACAUGCUGCCUGCAUAUGCAGCAUAUAUAGAGAACAUGAAGAGCAUCCACGGGGUAAAGGAGCUGUCCGUGCGAGAGCUGCAAGACUUCCUCAAGGACGUCACCUUUGUGGACAAAAGCUUCCAGAUCUUCGUGGAUGAUUGUGACUCACCAGCUUAGGCUCCUGUACAGUCGACAUCAGGGGCAAACCUAUCUUAGGCAUACCACAGUCAAAUGCUCUCUGUACCUUAUUUCUCUGAACCAGAAUUAUAGUUAAUAACUGGUGUAA